CACAUAUAUAGUUAUGUAUGUAUAAUUUUUAUGGUUUUAGUUUCUUAUUAUUAGCUCUAAAUAGUUUCGACGUAUUGAAAAAGAGAGUAUGUUAGCCCUUUGACUGAAUGCAGCUGAGCGGGUUUUACCAAAUGAAAUAUAUUAGAGAGCAAAAAACUCACACCAAAUUUUCAAGACCAAAUUUAAGCGUUGUACUACUAUAAAAGUGUCAGCGAAUUGACGAAUAUGUAUCAUUCACUUCUUGUCUUCGCAUUCGCAAAGAACUCAACUAAUAAUCACGAUAUGGCUUUCAAGUUUGUAUUCGCACUCGCUUUCGUUGCCGUGGCCAGCGCUGGCUAUGUACCAGUCGCCCCAGUAUACCACACCGCACCAGCCGUCGCCGUUCACGCAGCACCUGUGGCCCUAGCUCAAAAGGUCGUUGUUAAAUCGGAGGAAUACGAUCCUCAUCCUCAAUACCAAUUCUCUUAUGGCGUCGAUGACAAACUCACCGGUGAUUCCAAGAGUCAAGUGGAGGUACGUGAUGGUGAUGUGGUUCAUGGUGAAUACUCCCUCAUUGACGCUGAUGGUUACAAACGCACAGUUCAAUAUACUUCGGAUGACGUGAAUGGUUUCAACGCCGUCGUGAACCGUGAACCUCUCGUAAAAUCUGUUGCCGUGGCUCCAGUUGUAAAGGCAGUUGCCCCAGUUGCCCACUACGCCGCACCAGUUGCUCAUUACUCCGCUCCAGUCGCUCAUUACUCCGCUCCAGUCGCUCACUACUCAGCCCCCGCAGUGGUCAAGACUGUUGCCCCCGUAGCUCAUUAUGCUGCCCCAGUGGCUCACUACGCCGCUCCAGCUGCCCAUUACGCAUCCUAUGCCGUUCCUGCUGUAGUUAAGUACCAUCAUUAAUCCAAAGAGAAGUGAAAUAUGAUUUAAAAUAGACGAGUACUUGACCGAUCAACGAAUUGUUAAUAAUUUUAUUCUAAUUUAUUUCGACGUUAAAUAAAAAAUAAUCAACACGUGCAUA